GCCGUCAGAUGGAUUUCAGGACAUGAUGGGGUAGCAGGGAAUGAAGCAGUGGACGAAGAAGCGAAAAAAGCCGCAAGGAGCAGCGCAGAAAACAGUCCACGAGAGCGUCUACCCCCCUACUUGCGCAAGGGGAUAAUGCCUAGCAGUAUCUCUGCUCUAAAACAAGCUCAGAGGCAGGAAUCCGUUGAGCGCUGGGCCCGCUCGUGGAGCCAAUCACCCCGUUUUGAACACGCAUCACGUAUCGACCCACGUACCUUGUCUGGUUCGUUC